CUACUUAAAGGUGUGCGAGGCCAGAAGUUGACGUAUUUCGAAUUGGACUUGUCCGGCUUGUGAGAGGGUGUAGUUGUCACCUUCCUGGCCGACGGUAUUGUCACCAUUCUUGUCCUAGUGUCACGGCCGCUGGGAGUUCUUAAACAAGAUGCCCCCACAAAGGAAGAUGAGAGAUGUUGAUAUCAAUCCAUGUUUAGAGGAAAGUGAUGCUGCAGCAAAAUGCUUGGAUGUCAACAACUACCAAAGAGACAUGUGUGCUUUAUACUUUUACAGAUAUAAACAGUGCAGAAAGUUUUGGCAAACAAUCAUGUUGAAAAGAAGAGCAGAUGGCGUGAAUCCUGCAAUGCCCACUGCUGAAGAAAGAAAGCACAUACUGGCGUCUUUUGAAAAUCUUCCCUACUGAAGGACCUUUCCUACAUGCUUGUAUUUUAUCCUGUUUUAUUUAAUAAAUUCCUUGUAUGAGCAAAGUUGUAACGUGAAUUAAAGGCACAAUAUGCAA